GAUGACGUCACCAGCCCGUAGAGGAAAAUCAGACCCCGAAUUUGGGCAAAGCAACUCCUAGCAAGCCGAACAAUGUCCCCAAGAAAAUGUUUCUUCGGCUGUGAGGGAAAGGUCAAUUUGUUUGCUUUUCCCAAAGUGGAAGGCACCAAGAAAAAGUGGUUGAAACUGCUUUUCCCCGAACAGCAAAAGAAAAAUAGCUCGGCGUUCGUCUGUUUACGGCACUUUACCCGGGACUGUUUUGUCAACAUGGGCCAGUUCGAGGCGGGAUUAGCCGGCAAACUGCUGCUGAAAGACGACGCUUUUCCAACGAUACUCGGCCGAAUGGAAGAAUCGGAAGAAAAAGCUAGUACGUCACAGAUCCUGACAUGCCCACAACACAGACACACCAGAUGCCCAAAGAAGUUUGCAUCUACUGAAUCUCGCGGAACACAGUUCAGCCCUCAUAUGGUAUCUGUUGGCACAUAUAUGUGGUUGUGUCCAUCCAAGAGAAAUAUAGCCACGCAGCUGUCCUAUAGUACGCUGCAACGCGUUAGAAGCAAAGGGACACAGGUCACCAUUUCCGAUCUGAGUGUUGGCACGUCGACCAAACAGCUGGACACGGCGCCCCGGUUUUUCCCCACGCCAGGGGUUCCACCAGUUAAGAGACCAUACAUUAAAUUAGAAGAGAGCGAGGAUGAGGAUCAAGAGGAUGAAGAAACUCUUCUUCCACACGUCUUAAAGUACGAAUCCGGUGACUCCAUUACAGAGUCGUCUGAAAUUAGUGGAGAAGAGUCGACCGUGGAACACAAUGACAGAAAGUACAUGGUGUUUGAGAGCUGUCUGAUGGAUCUCUUCCAAACGUGUCCGGUGUGCAACCGGGACUGCCAGGUGCAGUCACAGAGACUAGGGACAUAUGUGGCCUUUACUCAGCUUUGCCUCCACUGCCAGUACACCAGAAAAUGGCAGAGCCAACCAUUGAGAGGAAGCACUCCUGUGGAAAACCUCCAAUUGUCUGCAGCUGUUAAUAGUACUGAUGGAUCCUGCAAUCGGAUGGACAAGAUAGUCAAAACUGAAUUUCCAGAUGUUAUAACAUGACACCUUAAGGAUGCAUGCCCGGAAUCUUUUUGAACCCGCAAUAAACAACAAAUGGAAAAAGACUCAGCAGCCUCUGAAACAGGAAAGCAGUAUGGCAGUGGGUGGAAAUAUGGACUCAGACUCGCCAGGUGAGGAGUCUUUUAAUAUCAAAUGACUUGCAUUUGGGGGCUGUCUUCCACCGAGAAUUAUCAUUUGUUACAUUUUACACAUACCGUAGUCGACAUUCAGUCAAAUCAAUGGUGUUGUGUUGUUUUUUAAAGUGAAAUAAAGAGAUUGCAAUCAUA